UGGACGUGGCAGAGGGAGAGGAGCGGGGAGGUUUUCAGCCCAAGGCAUGGGGACAUUUAACCCUGCAGACUAUACGGAGUCUUCUGCCACUGAUGGCUUUGGGACAAAAUCAGAGAUUUGGGAGACUGGUCAGAAUGAUGCAGAUGAUGGAACUGGAGCAUGGAAAAACUCAAUAGAGGAAUGGACAGCAGAAGACUGGAAUGAAGAUCUUUCUGAAACAAAGGUCUUCACUGCUUCCUCUGUUCCAGCUGAAAAUCAUGUGACUUCUGGGCAAAGCAUUGAUUUGGUAACACUGCUUCAAAAGCCUGUGACUUCUGCCCAAGAGACUGAAAGCAACUCGUUUGAGUCUCCCCAACAGCAGACCUUUGGCCAAGCCCUAGUCUUCACAAAUUCUCAGCACAGCACCCAGAUGGCAUCAGGAACUGGCAGCUCCAGUGCUGUGAACUCUUAUUCUCCUCAAAGUCUGUCUGCAGUACUUUGUUCUGGCUUUGGAGAACUUGGAUCCUCUAAAUUGUCAAACUCCACUGGAUCCCAAAUCUUGGACCAGUUGAAGUCUCCAGGACUGGGUCAGUUUACCUCUCAACAAAAUAAUCUUAACUGUACCACCACUACCACCACUGCCACGUCAUCCUGGGAUCUAAAACCACCCAUUACUCAGUCCUCAGUCCUUAGUCAGUUUGACUUUAAAUCCCAGCCUGAACCAUCCCCAGUUCUGAGCCAGCUGACCCAGCGACAACAACAAAUGCAGGCAGUUCCUGUUCCUCCUCCUGGGCUGGAGUCCUUCUCCUCCCAGGUAAAACUCCGAGAGCCGUCGCCAGUAGACACCUCUACAGCUGUCAGCAAAAUGUUACAGCUCCCCACUAUACCUAUGGAUAAUCAGGCAGUGACUGCGCAUCAGACCCAGCAGAAGCAGAUAAAACCACCAAAACGGAGGAUAACUCCAGCAUCCAAGAUUCCUGCCUCUGCGGUGGAGAUGCCUGGAUCAGCGGAUGUGACAGGGUUAAAUGUUCAGUUUGGAGCUCUGGAGUUUGGAUCAGAGCCUGCGCUCCCAGAGUUUGGAUCAACUUCAAGCAGUGAGAAUACCAGCCAGGCAACAAACAAUAGCUUGUACUCAAAAUCUGUGAAUGAUCCUUUGAAUACCUCUUUGCCAAUAUCCAAUACAGUACAGGAGUCCACGUACACAACGUCUGCCAUCACCUCUUCUAGUCUGACCUGCUCAUCCCAGAGCACUAGCCCAGUAACAACAACUUCCUCCUAUGACCAGACUUCUGUGCAUAGUAGGAUAGCGUACCAAAGCUCCAUGCCUCCGUCUGAAUCCACCUCUGUUGCAGUUACGAAUGGGCACAGCGGUGUCAGAACACAGGCAUCUCUUGACACACCUAAGACAGAGCCUUCUCCCUCGCUACCUUCUGCUGGUUCCCUGCCUAGUGUGGUAUCCACCACUGCUUCACUUCUGCCUUCGGCAUCACAGCACGCGGUAACGUUGCCCAGCUUGCCUCAGCCCAGUGAUCUGGCCAGCGGCUCACUUUCCCAGUUAAACAGCUCGCUUUCCAAUCAUCAAAGCAGCCUCUCCCCUGCCUCAGUGUUGUCUUCAAACACGUCACAUGCACACACUAGUGUUGAGAACACAACUUCGCUCCAGCCCUCAACAACCUUUUCAACUGCUUCGACUUCAGCCACUAGCACCACCUCUUCGGUUGUCAGCAUGGCAAGCAGUAUGAACACUACAAACAGCCUUGGUCUGAGUGUUACCAGUGUGUCCAUACCAGCUGCUAGCACACGGGCAGCUCCCUUAGUGUCUUCAGGCAAAGCUCCCCCAAACCUGCCCCAAGGUGUACCACCCUUGUUGCAUAACCAGUAUAUUGUGGGACCUGGAGGACUUCUGCCUGCCUACCCAAUUUAUGGUUAUGAUGAUCUCCAGAUGCUUCAAUCCAGGCUUCCAAUG